CUGAGGUACUAAGGCCCAGUUAAGCCCCAACAACUUAAAAUGAAAGUUUUAUUAGGGUUUUUUUAUUCAGAGAGAGAAGCAAAGGGAGAAAGGAAACCAAACCAAACUAGUGAGCCGCUGCUUCUCUUCUUCUGUAUCCCAAAAUGGUUGCUUUUAGGUUUCAUCAAUACCAAGUGGUGGGCAGAGGUCUUCCUACAGAAGCAGAUGAGCAUCCCAAGAUUUACCGUAUGAAGCUUUGGGCCACUAACGAAGUCCGUGCCAAAUCCAAGUUUUGGUAUUUUUUGAGGAAGCUGAAGAAGGUGAAGAAAAGCAAUGGACAAGUUUUGGCUAUCAAUGAGAUCUUUGAGAAAAGCCCUACCAAGAUCAAGAACUAUGGCAUUUGGCUGCGAUAUCAAAGUCGAACUGGUUAUCACAAUAUGUACAAGGAAUACCGAGACACAACCCUCAAUGGUGCUGUAGAACAGAUGUACACCGAGAUGGCGUCUCGUCAUAGGGUGAGGUUUCCUUGUAUUCAAAUCAUCAAGACAGCUACCAUCCCAGCAAAACUUUGCAAGAGGGACAGCACCAAGCAGUUCCACAACUCCAAAAUCAAAUUCCCACUGGUAUUCAAGAAGGUCAGGCCACCAACUAGGAAGCUCAAGACGACAUACAAGGCAACCAAACCCAACUUGUUUAUGUAGUUGUUUUUCAUGGCUGGUGGUGGUAGGUCUAAUGCCUUAUAGUUUGAUUACUUCACUUGUUAGAUUGAGAGGGGUUAUCAAAUUUUGAACACUCUAUGUUUACUUUUAUAGUUCUUUUAUGUUUCGAAGAUUGUGUUUUGAUGACUUUACUUUUUAAUUUAAUGAACAUGGUGAAUUUGCUAA